CAGUUGCUCCACACCAGUUGUUCACCACACGUCUUCCACUCAUCGCAAACCCCGGGCCAAGAGGAAGACAGGCAGGCGCUCGCACGCGUACAGUCCAGCACACGUCCCAGAGGCAGGAUCGAAGAGCGCUCGCCAAGGAGCAGCCACAAGCGAAGACGGGAUCAGUGCCCCUUCACGUCCAGAGCACAACACGGGCCAACAUGGAGCUCUUUGAGACCAACCCUUACUUCUUUCCCGACCAGCGCUUCUAUGAAGGAGGGGACAGCUACUUUCCCUCUCGCCUGCCUGGGACGUACGACCAAGCUGGUUACCAAGACAGAAACUCCAUGAUGGGCUUGUGCGGGAGUCUUGCCGGAGGUGCCAGCGUCGGGGUGGCAAGCACCGAGGAUAAAACGUCACCCUCCAGCCUCUCACCUCAUUCUGAACCCCACUGCCCCGGUCAGUGCUUGCCCUGGGCCUGUAAGCUGUGCAAAAGGAAGACCGUGACCAUGGAUCGGCGGCGAGCGGCAACGCUGAGGGAGAAGAGACGCUUGAAGAAGGUGAACGAGGCCUUCGACGCCCUGAAGAGGAGCACCUUGAUGAACCCCAACCAGAGGCUGCCCAAGGUCGAGAUCCUGCGGAGUGCCAUCCAGUACAUCGAGAGGCUACAAGCUCUGGUGUCCUCUCUCAACCAGCAGGACAGCGAGACGGGACAGCAGGGACUCCACUAUCGACCCGCCCCGAACCAGCCCAGAGUGUCGUCGUCCAGCGAGCCCAGUUCGGGCAGCACGUGCUGCAGCAGCCCCGAGUGGAGCAGCACCCCGGAGCAAUGUCCGCCGAGCUACAGCGGUGAGGACCUGCUGAGUGUCGCUGAAUCUCCUGAGCAGGGGAACAUGCAGGCCUUAACUUCCAUUGUGGACAGCAUCUCUGCUUCUGACGGAGCCGUGGCCUUUCCUGUAGACAUUCCCAAAUAGACCCCUCAAAACAGCAGGAUCACAGAUGAAAAUACCCAGAGAUCCAUAAAUAAUAAUAGUAAUAAUAAAAAGUGAUAAUUGGUGAUGCUGUUGACAUUUUUAGUGAAUCUACUGAUUUGAGUGUUGAGUCUUGUGCACACUAUCAAAAUUUAUGAUUAAUUAAGAUUUGCAACUCUGCUGAUUCAAGAGUCUACUGGCUAAACUGAAUUCCUCCUUUCACAAUGAGGCCUUAUUCCCUGUAUUACUUGCCUUAUCAUGUGGUCCAGUCCUGUUUUGUCAGAGCGACAGAUGUUCAGUCUAACUUGAGAUUCAUAGAUUUUGUUGCAUGAACCCAAAAAAAAAAAUCCUGAUUGAAUAUCUGUUAAACCUUCCUCCAGACUCACAGAUGAAUUGUAUUGUUCUAACUUAAUUUAAGUUUUUCCUCCUGAUUUUUGAUUCUUUUCGUGUGAGUUAAAUGCUUAAAAAUACCAUAAGUUUAUUUGUGGGGCCAAUGUGUACCGUGGCAGUUUUGACCAAGAUCUGCUUAAUUUAAACAGGUUAUGAAUGCUUUCGUUGUAAAUACGUUCCCUUUUUUUACAGAGUGGUUUUGCCAUUUUAUUUUUUAUCUUUGCUAACUUAUUUUUUGACUUUUAUAACUAAGAUUGUUGUGUAUUUGUAGAUGUUGUGAAAAGUGAUAUUGUUCUGUUUUAAUUCUUGGAAUAAAGACGAUUUUCAAUA